UGUGACAGCAUGCUCUUGCGCACCUGACUGGCGCAUCUUCACAGAGUGCAGUUUCCCUUUGAAUAGAGUAGUAUGGAAGUCAUGUGUAUGGUUAGUUUUGGACGAUAUACUCGUCCAAAUUUUAAUUCACUACUACUACUACUUGUCCUCCAGUUUGGCCUGCAUACAGUGGAGGGUGUGUGGCCAUUACCGCAGACUUUCAGCUCCUCAACCGAGAGAUACCCUCUGAGCCCGCAGGCUUUCUACUUUGGGUACGGAAGACAGUCAGCCGCUCAGCAGGGCUGCUCUGUUCUGGAUACUGCAUUCAAGAGAUAUUUUACUCUCAUCUUUCCAGACUAUGGAAAUGGUGUUCUGCGAUUCAAUGAGGUUAAACCCUUCACCGUGGAGAUCAGUGUUGACCACGGUGAUUGUGAGGGUUACCCAAAUGAGGACUCUUCUGAGAGAUAUAAUCUGAGUGUCUCUGCAGGACAAGCAUCUCUGAAUGCGGAAACAGUGUGGGGGGCAGUAAGAGGUCUGGAAACCUUCAGUCAGCUGGUGUAUCAAGAUGAUUUUGGCUCAUAUUUUGUGAACAAGACUGAGAUCGACGACUUCCCCCGGUUUCAGUUCAGGGGGAUUUUGUUGGACACUUCACGUCACUAUCUACCAUUGCAGGCCAUUUUAAAAACUCUGGAUGCAAUGGCCUACAGUAAAUUCAAUGUGUUUCAUUGGCACAUUGUUGAUGACCCCUCCUUCCCGUACCAGAGCCGGACCUUUCCAGACCUUUCCAGUAAGGGGGCGUUCCAUCCGAUGACUCACAUCUACACCCAGUCGGACGUGAGAAGGGUGAUCUCACAUGCCAGACUGUGGGGCAUAAGGGUCCUUCCUGAGUUUGAUUCUCCAGGCCACACCCAAUCUUGGGGAAAAGGGCAGUCUGACCUGUUGACUCCCUGCUACAGAGGGAGCACCCUUUCAGGUACUUUCGGUCCUGUUAAUCCAGUGUUGCCCUCCACCUACCAGUUCAUGGCGAGACUAUUUAAGGAAGUGUCAUCGGUGUUUCCUGAUUCCUAUAUCCACUUAGGAGGGGAUGAGGUGGACUUUACCUGCUGGAAAUCCAACCCAGAUGUCCACGCAUUCAUGCAGAAGAUGGGAUUUGAGGCAGACUUCACCAAACUGGAAGCAUUCUACAUAGAGAACAUUGUGAACAUCACUUCAGCUCUCAACAAGACAUCUAUCGUGUGGCAGGAUGUGUUUGACUACCAUGAACGAAUUCCUAAGGACACAGUGCUGCACAUCUGGAAGGGCACCCCAGCUAGUUAUAAGGCAGAGCUCAGCAAGAUGACCAAAGCUGGCAUGAGGGUCCUGCUAGCAGCCCCGUGGUACAUCAACCACAUUUCCUAUGGCCAGGACUGGCGCACCUACUACACCGUGCAGCCACGGAACUUUUCUGGUACUGAGGAACAGAAGAAGCUGGUGAUAGGGGGUGAGGUCGCCAUGUGGGGGGAGUACGUUGAUGCCACCAAUCUCACUCCACGUCUUUGGCCAAGGGCAAGUGCUGCGGCAGAGAGACUGUGGAGCGAUGAGAAGCAGACCUCCAGUGUGGACAAGGCGUUUCCUCGCUUGCAGGACUUUCGCUGCAAGCUCGUGAGGCGUGGCAUCCGAGCAGAGCCUCUGUCUGUUGGACACUGCAAACACGAGUACCAAGGUGUUUGAAGAUGCUGGAUGGAUUAUCAUUGCAAGGUUUUCCUGGAAAAUUAAGUUCAUGGCUGCCUUCUUUUAAAGUGCUGUAAAAUCUUGAAUAAAUUGUUGCUCCAGUCUUAAUUAUGCAGACAUUAAAAUGCUUUCUCAGGGACUUAUCUCAUUACCUAUAUUUUUUUAUUCUCAAUUUUUGUACAUACUUUUUGAGUAAUGCGCUUUUUAUUUUAAUUUUGCAUAUUUAGCAGUACACAAUAUAGAAAUGUUAACAAAGACCUUGUUUGGAAGAACCCGCAGUGCUACACUGUAAUGCCAUGUUGAAUUGUAGCCUACUUGAUGACUGGAAAUAUAGAAUGUAGAUUUUAAAUUUGAAUAUUACUGCCAGUAUGCUGUAGCUUGUACUCUUGCACUGAAAUGUAAUAAAAUAAUGUUGGUGUGCA